AUGACAAAAAAAUUUGAUAUGAUUAAGGAUAUUGAUGGAAGAAGAGAAACGUUGAAACUUGCUGUCAGAAUCGUAGAUUUGUGGUAUAUUGAGUCAUGGGAUUCCAAACGAAGUAUGAAAAUGGUUCUGAUGGAUCAAAAGAAGGAAGAUAUGGGUGUUUGGGAAGACAAGCUAAAAGAGGGUGAAAGUUACAUAAUGCAUAACUUUAAACUAUUGAAGAACAGAGCUCAAUAUAGAGUUUGUGAGCAUCCAUUUAAGCUGUUGUUUAUAGGAGCAACGUCUAUACGACCACAACCCAUUGCAAGCAUACCUAGAAAGCUUUGGAAGUUCAAAAGUAUAAAGGAUAUUAUUGAUGGAAAGUAUUGUGUUGAUUUGUUGGUUGAUGUGAUUGGUGUGCUGGACAACGUAGAAGAGAAAGCCCAUUCGAAAAAUGUUGUGUUUGACCUCAAAGAUUUGAGUGGUGUUAUACUUUGUUGCACAUUGUGGGAUUCAUAUUGUGAGAAAUUAUUGAGUUAUUGGAGGACACGUAGUCAAACAUCUAAUCCUACUAUUAUUCUUACUCAGGCCAAGAUAAAGGGUGCAUCAGUUAUAUAA